CUUUAGCACAAGUGUUGGUGGUAUAUAUUUCGUUUCUGCUUUGUGGACUAACCACCCUUUGCGGAUCACUUUUGAGGCAGGAAUAUCGCGUGUCUGUAAACACUAGAUCAAAUGAAUAGCCGGCGAAAGUAUAAAGUUACUAUACGUGUGGUUGAUCACCCACCAGGCACUACAGCGUCUUUUCGUGACAGCAGUGGUGAUAAGCACAGUGAGGACGAAGUCGAAGAACAAAAGACUAUACCACUAAGCGAAAAUAAUACCAUUCCAACUAAAGUACAACCUGUGUACCAGAGUUCACUUUCGCUGCAGCUUUCAGACAAGAGGAAUCGCUCUAGCGUGCACUGCUCGGCCUUUUGUUCCUUGUCGACGGAGUGCGAGGCUUUGGAGACAGGCAGAAAGACAAGAUGCGAAGACAGGGUCGGAGAAGAAGGCAUGCUAGACUCGGAAUUUUGUGAAUGUACGAGUACAAAACCGUUAUUAAAAGCAGACACAAAUACUUCGUUAAAUAUUUAUAAGUUGACAAGGAAUAAUGCGAUAGAUCAAGAGGAUACCGAUGAAACGAAUGUGAAGACAGACAAUAUCAAAACUUGCGAGCGUGCAGACCCGGGGAAGUUUACUACCAAGGAAAGGCGAAGACAACAGCGACAUAGUUGUGGUAAAUUUGAAGCAAAAUACGGCGUUCAUAGACAUAGAAACGGUUACAAUCGCCACCUGCCAUCCAUCGUCGUGUUAAACGCGGCGAAUAUGGAAGGGGCUGGCUUCGAUGAAAAUCUUGUAACGAACACUGCCACCAUUGGCAAUGGCAUUCGGGAUGAUUUCUUUCCCGAUUUCGAUGCGUUGGGGACGCGAAGGGACAGGCCACCUCUGAACAGGGAAGGUUCAGCGUGCAGUAGUGAUAGUAUUAUUACAGAAAUCGAGGGACUAACUGACGAUGAAGGCGAGAUAAAAAGCUGUUCGAACGAUAGUUGUGAAACCCAAGAGUGUGCUCCAAAAGCCAAUAAUUGGAAAAAAAUCAAAGGAAUGAUUCAGUGGGCUCCGUUUGUGAAGAGUUACAAGAAGAAAGUUCCAUGGGUUCAGCUGGCUGGACAUCAAGGAAAUUUCAAGGCAGGAGAACAGGGAACCAUUUUGAAGAAAAGUAAUGAAACUGAAAAAGGAGUUUUGUUGAAACUUAUGAAAGACGUUUUAAGACCUUACGUGCCAGAGUAUAAACGAGAAGUUUUGAAUCAUGACGAAAGUUAUUUAGUAUUACAAGACUUGCUAUUUGGCUUCGAGUCCCCAUCAGUGAUGGAUUGUAAAAUGGGCGUAAGGACAUUUCUGGAAGAUGAGUUGGAACAAGCCAGAAAGAAACCUAAAUUAAGAAAGGAUCUUUAUCAAAAGAUGAUUGACAUUGAUCCAAACGCCCCUACGGAUGAAGAACGGAAGGCUGGUGGGAUUUCUAAGCCUCGUUACAUGAAAUGGCGGGAAGAACUCAGCUCAUCUGCAAGCCUGGGCUUUAGAAUUGAAGGCAUCAAGAAAACAGACGAGAAACCAAACAAGGAUUUCAAGACGACGCGCUCGAGAGAGGACGUUUGUGAAAAAUUUCGGCAUUUUAUAAACAACAACGGUCAUGUGAAGGAAAAAUAUUUACAACGACUAAAAGCAAUCCGAGGUGUUUUGGAGUCUUCGCCAUUUUUCAAAAUACACGAGGUUAUUGGUAGUUCGUUACUAUUCGUACACGAUAGUCAAGGUAAUGUGAAUGUUUGGAUGAUAGACUUUGCUAAAACGACGAUGAUUGGCGAUGGUGUUACACUGACGCAUCGUGCGUUAUGGCAGGAAGGGAACCACGAAGAUGGAUAUCUGUUUGGACUCGAUAAUAUGAUCAGUAUUUGGUCUGAGGUCUAAGGCAGGCUCGUCACUACCACCUGCCCACUCAAGUUGCACCUUGGAAAUAUAUAUAUAUCCUCCAUAACACUCCUUCACAAAUGGAAAGGCUUAGCCAUCACAAAUGGUUGCCUAAUCUCAGAAAUUGUGUUGCCGAUGAAGCCUAGAGGUUCCUGGUAAACCCUAAAGGUUCCUGGUAAAUCCUAGAGGUUCCUGGUAAAUCCUAGAGGUUCCUGGUAAACCCCAGAGGUUCCUGGUAAAUCCUAGAGGUUCCUGGUAAAUCCUAGAGGCUCCUGGCAAACCCUGGAAGUCUCUGAAAAGAAUUAAAGGUCCUUGGUAAAACCCAGAGAUCCCUGGGAGAUUCAGGGAUUCCCUAUCUCCCUGGUAGACCCCAGAGGUCCCUGUUGAACCCUGAACUGAACCCCCCUCCGUUUUUCGCAGUUUUAAUAUCCUGUCCCAUUGAUAGUAAAAAACUAAAGAAAAUAUCCUGUAAAACUGAGAAUAUACUUUCCAAGGCGAAACCUUACCAGCAUAGACGAAAAGUCGAAAACUAGUUCACGCAUGUGGAAAAGUAUGGAUUUGCAUGUUCGACUAUUAUGGUUCGACCUCGCCACAGUUAUCAAUCUCGCUAAUAAAUUGUCAGUUGCACAUUGUCAACAUUUUUAAUGACUAGAAAUUCUAUGACUCUAGAACAUCUGAUCUUCUAUAUAUUUAUAAACAAAAGCAUGUGCUGCAGGUGCAAAUAAUUUAUAUACAUAGACAUAACAUUAAACAGUGACUAUAAGACCGCGGGUCGGUAUGAUUGCAGUUUCCAAUAGUAAGUUCCAAACAGUAAUUGUGAGUUACUGCUCUGAAGCCAUCGUAGUUGUCAAGUUUUCGAAAUUUUCAUCUGUAAGAUUUUGCAUUCAAUUUCAUCCCUGAACUUCGCUGUUUCAAAGCUUAGCUUCCUACUGUGAUAUACUGUGAAAAUAUUAGACGACCUAUUUACCAUGAGAUUUAGCAACUUUGGGCUCAUACUCAAAUGUAGCAAUACUGUUUUGAAAGUAGUUUUUUUAUAAGGUCAUCGAUAAUCCUCACCUGGUUUAGUAUAAGAAUCGCUUUAAUAAAAAAGCACUGAUUUUCAUAGACAAACAUAUUUAUUUGCUUGGCAUAUGUAUAUAUUAUAAAACGAUGUAUAUUAUGACGUAAUUGUGUUAUAUUUGGGGGCCGCCCUACCUUACCCUCCCCUCCCUCACACUUGGACAGAAUGGAUAGGAUUAUAUAGUAGAAGGGUAACUAACGACAAUGGCUGCAAAUGUAAAUUGGUAAAUAUUUAAUCAAUUUUAAUGGUAGUUCUUACAUAAAGCAUCAUGAUCCAAAAAUCUUUUAGGAGGCAGUAGUGCGAAAACUGAAUGGCUUUAGACAGUACUUUAUUGUUCAACUUAGUUUUGUAAAUAUAUUUACGAUAUCAUUC